CUCCGACAGGUUGUUAAUCGGUGAAUUCAUGCAGAUAACAGACAUUUAACCCGAAAACACGAACGGUAAAAUUAGUAACACCGUCACUAACGUCCAGACACGGGACCAAGUCACACAUGUGCAAGUCUCAAGUCUUAACCUUCAAGUCACAACCAACCUACCUGCCUGUCAUUCUCCCACCUUUUACCCUCCCUCUCCCCCUCUUUUGGUCUCUGGACCAAGUUAUACGAAAAGGGAGGGGGGGGACAGCUGAGUUUUUUUUUUUCCAAAGAAAUCCACCUGCUCCUUACCUCUGCUGUAUUAGAGAGACUGUCCUGAGCAGGUUUCCAACCAGAGCCGACAUGGAGCGUCCAGAGAGAAACCUGCUGGUAGCUUUCCUCCUCCUUCUGCCUCUUGUGUCUGUCAACUCCCAUCCUAACUCAGUCACCUGGUGUGUAUUGUCCGACGCCGAAGAGCAGAAGUGUCUGGAUUUGUCCGGGAAUGCCACCGCUCAGAACAUUAGAGGGUCUUUGGAAUGUGUCCGCGGCCUUAACACCAGAGAUUGCAUGGACAAAAUCAAGAACGGGACAGCGGACGCAUGCACCAUGUCGGGAGAUGACAUCUAUGCUGCUGGCUUCUGCCAUGGCCUAGAGCUGGCUGCAGGAGAGUCCCACAACGGAAUAGAUGGCAUUAGCUACUACGUGGUGGCGAUGGCACGUCGCUCCUCCUCUGACCUGUCCCUGCUGGAGAUGCACGAGCGCAGCUCCUGUCACCCGGGCAUACGCACCACGGUGGGGUGGACCGUUCCUAUUGGAUACCUGGUCAACACCUCCCAGAUCAGCGUGGGGGAGCAGUGCAACUUCCCCAGAGCCGUUGGCAACUUCUUUGGUUAUAGCUGUGUGCCGGGCAUGAAGGACUCCCAGCACGACCCCAAAGGAACCAACCCCAAGAACCUUUGCGAGGCCUGCAUAGGAGACGAGAACGACCGACACAUCUGCGCCAAUAACCACAGAGAGAGGCACUACGGAGAGGCAGGAGCACUGAGAUGUGUGGCAGAGAACCUCGGCGACGUAGCCUUCAUCAAACACACGACGAUUUUUGAGAAUUCCGACGGUAGGAAUCAGGAGUCCUGGGCCCUGGAUCUGGAGCUGGAGGACCUGAAGCUGCUGUGCCCAGAUGGAACCGAGGCAGGUUUGGAUGAGUAUGAGCGAUGCCACCUGGCAGCCGUCCCCACGAACGCCGUGGUGGUGCGCACGGAGAACAGAUGCCGCGUCUGGAAGUACCUGGAACGUUUACAGAAUGCGUUUGGCAACGCCACCGAGGGCUUCAGCCUGUUCAGCUCAGCAGGCUAUGGCGAAUCCGAUCUUCUCUUCAGUGAUGGCACCCACCACCUGCAGAGGGUUGUGGGUAGCUACACCUCUUGGCUGGGCCCUACUUACACCACCAUGCUGCAAGCCUUCGAGUGUGAGGGCUUCUGCUGAUGGAACAGGAGGAAGACAUCCAGUGCAUCAACUUCCACCCCAUCCCUCUGUCUCCGUCCUCCUGUUCUGCCUCCCCUCCCUACCAUCUGUGUCCCUCUCCGCCACUCUGUCUCUCCAUCUCUCAGCCGCUUUGCUUUUCGUGUUGUGUUUUUUUUCUCCCUGCAUUUCGCUGCCCUGUUCUCUAUUAUCUAUUACGUCCUUGUCCUCCUGCAACCUAGCACUUCCUCUGGCUGGCUGGCUGGCAGGGUAGGACAUCGCUAAGAGGGGCUAAAAACGUCUGAAAACGUCCCUGAAAUAGAGCUUAGCUGUGAAAAGGACACUGGGGAAAAAGGGUAGGAUAGAAAAUAAAAAGAAACAAUAAAAUAGAUUAGAAAAGAAGUGCAGGAUAACGAGUGUUGUAGUUGUUGUUUUUGACAGAUUAUGUCUCUUUUUUAAGCAUUUUUUUAAUGGUGGAAUCACCCCGUAAACAUGAAACGUCUCCCCCAAGAUUGAUUUAUACUCACAGAGUCCUGCUAAAUGUUCCUACCCUGUAUGUUUGUCGGGAAUUUGUAUCCUUCUUGUUGCAUUAGUCUAAGCUUCAGCACCACCCAUACAACCCCCACCCUCCUCCCACAGGGUCUGUCUCUGGCACUGAACAACUGGGUGCUAUUAACUUUGAGCUUAGAAAGUCUCAGUUACUGUAUGUGUGUGUGUGUGUGUGUGUGUGUGUCUACGUGCGAGUAUACACUUUUUCCCACAGCCAUUAUUGCCUUUAAUUGGAAGUCUGGCAUAUUAUACUGUUUGUGUGUGAGUCAGGAAAAAGUGUGUGUAUGUGUGUGUGUACGUUUACGUGCCUAUGUGUUAGUGUGUCGAUAGGAUUGCUGCUUUCCCAUGGCUUGUAUAGCUUACGACUUUGGAUCACUGCUUUCUCACGUCUGGUAUGGUGGACCGGACCAUGCCAGCUCACGGUGUGUUCUUACACUAUACAGUUAAAGGGAGAAACUGGAUUCGGUGCUUUGGGUUGCCUCCAGUGACCCCUUUAGUGAGUCUUUUUUUAUUUUUUUUUAGAAAAAGCUUUGAAUUUUCUCAUUUGCGUCACCCAAAAACUCCAAAAUGUGCUCUCCAAAACCGACUUCAUCUGUCCUGCUUUAGCACGUAAAAAGAAUAUGUGAACUCCUGCUGCGAGUUAUCAUUUAUUUGUUAAGAUUGCUACCAAUAGUGAGACGUUGAUAAUGAUAGUAAUCAGGAGGAUGUUCGAGGAGGGACGUUACAAGCAGAAAUGAGUCAGCGCAGUGUGUAACAUUACCAGAUUACCGAAUUAAUGUGCUAUGAAGAAGUGGUGGUUGUCAAAAGAUCAUUUAUUUUUUCUGACAUUUUUGAGGAACUGUAAUUAAAGAAUCACCAGCCUUACUUGACCUACACGAUCAUGUACUGUAAAAUGUAUAACACGCUGUAUUUCCAGGCUUUACUUUGUCAUCUGCUGCUUUUAUUUUUUUUUUCUCCUUCACACUCUGCACCACAAAGCUCGGCAAUAAACUGAUAAACCCGGAUGAAGUUCUCCUCCUCAAACUGUUGUUUCUGACCUCGUUGUACCUGCAAGAAAAUCUCACGAGUUAGAACUAGUACAAUACGAUACGAGUGCAGGAAUGUGUCUGCGGUCGUUUGCAAGCUUCUGCAGGAACUUUUGAAAUAAAAUACAGUCAUACUUUAUCUCUGGCAUUUAAAAAAAAACACAAAAAAAAACUCCCCAAAGUGUGCAUGUGUCUUGCACAUGAAAGACGCUCCAAUGCAUGAGAGAGGCGCCUCAUUUGUGAAGGUGUAUCUAUUGUACUAAUUCAACUCUGGUUUGAACCACUGGUGCUGUUUCGUUUUCUCCUGUUGUCCGACUAGUCUUCAAAGAGGCUUGAUGUAAAUACUCCUCCUGAUUGUGUAGUGCUGCAAACCUUCCUUUUUUUUCAACCAAUUAAAUGAAAGAUGAUAAUGAAAAUAAUCCUCUCUAGUCCUUUUCUAGCUAAUUAUCCCCAAACAGCUAUGUGAUAUCUGUGUCAUGAUAUCAUCUCUGUGGAUCCAUCUCACACUCC